AUGUCGUUCUCACAGAAGCGCCGUGAGCUUCACGUGCAUUUAGCUAACACCACAUCGGCCUACCCCAGGCCUGCUAGGAUUGCCAACGUUCAGGCCCGGCUUACGCCCCGCAGCCAAAGGAGAUUUAGUAUCAACAUUCAGGAGCGCAUCAGUCGAGACCAAAAGACUAGAACCGAAUACCUCACGCGCUUUGGUCGACUAGGCGUGCAGUCAGCUGCUGUUGCAGCCCGAGGGGCAGUCCGACGCGAAAGCCAGCCGUCCGUUGAGUUCGUUACUUCGCCGCCUAGAAUCCGCCAGGGCCGCCCCAACCAGCCAUUUCUUGUAGACGAUAUAUACCCCUCCGAGGAGCUCGAGAAGCUCUCCCGUCCCUCCCGUUUGGAGCUAAAGCAAGCAUCCGGUCCAUUUCCCAACCGUCACUGGCGAUUGAAGAACCGACCACACACUAUCUUGGACGACACCCCGCAUAACAACGAACUCGCCAUCCCUCAUGUUCCAGAGGCAGUUCGACGAAAGCGUCGAGCGUCAACAAACGAGGUGGACCUAGCCGCUGGCACAUUACAUGCCAUUUUUUCCGGUAAACCCAUCGAUCUUUAUCCAGAUCGCUUCCAAGACCCCGUCCCCAGCCCCGAAGACGCCGUCCCCGACGUCGCUAUGCACGCUGAACCAACUGGACUAGUACAAUCUGUCUUCAAUAUGUUUUUUAGUGUGGCGCAUGCCUUUACUGGCUUUCGCCAGACAGUCACACGUUACAUCUCAAAUCCUGCCCAAGAAGUCGUCGAGACUCGCCAGGAAAGACCUGAUGGCAAUGUUGUCAACAAACGACGAAAGCUUGACCAGCCCAAAGAAUACGAAGGCGAAGUCCAAUGGGCCUCCGACAAACAACUUGAAAGUCUCGAGGGUGCUUGCAACAGAUUCCAUCGUGUGGUCUCUCAUUUCUUGCGGAUGGAUCUGGAUCCAAAGCCCGGCGUGCGAGACUAUUUCAACGACAAACUACGACCAAUUGGCACUUUACUUGCUGGCUCAAUCGGCAACCCUACGCCCAUCAUGUGUGGCAAAAUCCUGCCUCGAAGUCACUCUGGCCUGUACACUUUAUUCCUUGAGCAGCUUUUCGAAAUUCUACCCAGAGUGUAUGAUAAGCGCAAGAUUUCCGAACUGAAAGCUUCUCAUGGUCCGACUCUUCACCCACGCUUGGACCUUGGAUUCUCCUCUCUCGAUUUAGACAUCCUGUUUCAUAUCAGAUCCGUCUUCUCGUUCCAAUCUAUCUCCUACGUCUUAGCCGGCCUGACACACAAUUACGAAGACCCGAAUCCAACCACUCUCGAUAAGCUUACCAUGUUCUUUAUUGAUCGCCUUCUUCUGGACAUCAAUGCCAUCUUCGAAGGGCUUAUACCACCAAGCUACCUUGACUCACCAGAUUAUCUCAAAGAAAUGAUAACUAGAUUUCCGACGCCAGCUCGUGCACCUCUAGUGCAGGAAAUGCCUGGCACGUUCCCAAAUGAAUUAACACGGAGCACACCCCGCCCGACGAGUGCUCCAUCUGAGGUCCCGAACCCACCAGAACCUGUGCAGAAGAAACGGGAAGAGGAAGCUAGAAUCGCAGCCGAAGCAGCCGAGGCGGCAGAACGGGCUGCAGCAGAGAAAGCCCGAAUUGAAUUGGAAGCCCGCCUGGCUCUGACCGGCGGCCUUCGUGUCCCCCGACAAAAGUUUGUGCCCAAACUAUCUGGAGACUGGAACCGAAGGGUCCAUGACACGCUGACCUCAGCACCAACCACCUCGCUCACCACGACCGUUGAGGGUAUCGACCUCAGGCGGCAUGACUUUGCCAAGGUUGUUCCGGAGACUGAGUGGCUCAACGACGAGAUCGUAAACGGCUCACUGAUGUGGCUUGACCAGGCAAUCAACUCGGCUGCUGGCAUUAACGAUGUGAAGAAGCAGACUCGUAAAUGCCUGACAAUGAGUUCCUUCUUCUUUAAGCAGUUGAGGGAAAGGGGGGUUGGACGAACGCAACGCACAUUGAGACGCUAUGGCGUCGAGAAACGAAACUUCCUUGACAUUGAUACCAUUCUACUGCCCAUCUGCGAGCGUUCCCACUGGACACUUCUAGUUGUCCGGCCUUCUAAACGCACCGUAUCCCACAUGGACUCCAUGAAGCCUGUCGGCUCUCCUCUGAACACGAACCUCGCCUUAGCAUGGGUCAAGGAUGUUCUAGAAGACGCAUUUGUUGCUGAAGAGUGGACUGUCGUUAAGCACGAAGCACCCCGGCAGACGAAUGGAUGGGACUGCGGUGUCCAUACAAUUACAAACGCAAUGUGCGUUGCCCUUGGGUUGAACCCCAUCGACUCUUAUUCCACCGAGGAUAUGCCCCUCCAGCGCCUGCGAAUCGCAAGUGUUUUGCUGAACCGAGGGUUCAGCGGGGAUUUCGAUCUGGGAGUGUUUUGA